GUCUAGAUUUUUUUUUCACUCAACCUCUCAUUUGACUCAGAGGCAGUCACACACCAACUUGCGCACAGACCGUGGAAAAAUAGGGGCAGAAGAUGGCUGACUUUACCGGGCAUCGCGAGCCCUCAACAGCAUCAUCAACAUCACCCGGGCUGUUCCCAAGCUUGACAUUCGCCGUUGGGCAACUUUAAAUCAGCCCCGCCUUAUCCAGCCAUCCACCACCGCAAAUAUUGACAGAGCUAUUAUAAACAAUGGCAGAGAUGGAAAAAGAGGGCAGACCCCCCGAAAAUAAAAGAAGCAGAAAACCGGCUCACCCCGUGAAAAGGGAAAUCAACGAAGAAAUGAAGGUUCGGGCUGAGCGGGCCCGCCCAUGGGCAGGCAAGGCGGGUGAUCUCCAUGGCAACCCACCCUACUCCAUGAGUUUUGCAGAGAACACUAUGAACGAGCUGCUGGGCUGGUACGGCUAUGACAAGGUAGACCUGAGAGACCAGGACAACAUGGACAUACGGAACUACCCAGAUGGAGAGGUACAACACAUCUCUGUCCUGAAAGAAAACUCUUUGCCAAAAAUCCCAGGAGGAUCGGGGGAGAACAGUGAUGUCUCCCCAAACCAAGUCAAUAGCUCCCACUCUACAUCAACAUCGAGGAACGGAGUGACAGAGUCCUCCACCACCCCAUCCACCUCCACACCCAGCACCAGGGAGCAUGGGAACAUGCCGAUCAUAGUCCCACUGAUCCCACCCUCCAUGAUCAAGCCACCAGCAGACGAGGAUGUGUCUAACGCCCAGAUCAUGUGCGCAUGGUGUCAGAAGGUUGGCGUCAAACGCUACUCCCUCAACAUGGGCACUGAGCUAAAGAGCUUCUGCAGUGAGAAGUGCUUUGCUGCCUGCCGCAGAGCCUACUUCAAGAGAAACAAGCUUGGAUAUUUAAGGAAUUACAGGGCGAGAGACGAAGACGGCCGUGGUGAGAAAUUACCCCAGCACAGCUAUUCUAAGGAUACGCCCAGGCUUGUCUUCAAAACAAACAGCGAUGUGCUUGUGUGUGACUGGUGCAAACACAUCCGCCACACCAAGGAGUACCUGGAUUUUGGUGCCGGUGAACGGAGGCUGCAGUUCUGCAGUGCCAAAUGCCUGAACCAGUACAAGAUGGACAUCUUCUACAAAGAGACUCAGGCGGCGCUGCCAGGGGGCCUGUGUAACCCAGGACACGGCCCUGUGGAGGGCAAGUCAGAGAGCAGCACUGGGUUGCAGCUUUUAACCCCCGAUUCCUGGGGCACACCUUUGGGUGACUUACGUCGCAAAGCCCCUUCUCCUGGGGCAAACCCCUCUGUGCCAGUCCCCUCCAGUUCCACCGCUGCCUCUCCCUCUGAGACAGGCACUGUCUGCUCUCCUUCUUCCUCGUCCGCCAAAAACCCCACACCCAGACCCCACGAGAGUCCCACCUUACCCCCUCCCCCACACCCCUCGCGGCACCCUCCCAUGGGAGUCCCCUCGGGCAGCCCCCCCAUGGUGAUGACGCCCCGGGGGCCCGUGCCCCUGCCCUUCUUCAUGGAGCAUCAGAUGAUGCAGCAGAUGCGCCCGUCGUUCCUCCGCCCACCUCCCCACGGCCCAGGCCCCAACAGUCCUCUGUCCAACCCAAUGAUCCCUGGCAUCGGACCACCACCCCCACCGCCCAGAACCCUGGCUCCGCCAUCCAGCCCUAUGCACAGGCCCCAGUUCUCACCCCACCACCACCCCUCCAACAACCCCAACCUUGGAGGGAACCCUCCAGGGAUGAUGCCACCCUAUCCAGGCCUACACAUACCUGGUUUUCCUUUCACCUCCAACAUGAUGCCAAACGGGCCCAUGCAUAUGCCGCACAUGAUGAACUUCGGUAUACCUUCCCUCGCCCCCCUGGUGCCCCCACCAACCCUGCUGGUCCCUUACCCUGUCAUCGUGCCCCUGCCGGUGCCCAUCCCUAUACCCAUACCCUUCCCCUUCAACCCCAAGACCUCGAAGGACAACCCCAGCAACAACAACGACCCCAUUCCGAGUGCAUCGGGGGAGAACACUGAUCCGACAGAGCUCAAGCCUUUCUACCCUGGUUCCUCCAGAGGGGAACUGAAGUUGGGGUCCUCCAGUUCUGGGGUGCACUCCUUGGGCUUUUCUGGUUACACUCUGGACCGCUUUGGCUCUGAGAGGAGUAGGAUUGACGUGGUGGACCUGACCGUGAAGACUGAGAGUCCGGGGAGUGCCACCACCUUGGGACUCUCGCUCUCUGGUGGCCCCGCAGCCUCCCUCCCCGAGGGAGUGAUCGACCUGACUCUGGGCCAGCGGUCACGGCUGCAGCAGGUCAUCCAGCGGGUGGUGCCCAGUGUCCAGGUGAAGGUGGAACCGGAAGGGGACUCAUCCAGCCCCCCACCCUCUGGACCAUCCCCUCUGGAUGUCUCUGGGAAGGGGGACAGCAGCCUAGAGGACAUGAGCCAGGAGGUCAGGGAGGCCAUUAGUGUUUCUCUGAAGCCAAACUCCAUAUCUUGUUGCCAGGCCACAUCACCAUCCCCCCAGCCAAACCAAAACUCCUACCCCACCCAGCUCAUAAACCACCAUGGCACCCCACAGACCCAGCCCUGCAACCUCGCUGCCCCCUUUAAUGUCAUAGUAAAUGGCAGCAGUCAAUCCACAGACAGUCCCGGCAGGAGCACGCUACCCACACCUCCGUCUGACACUGGUCAGAGAGGAGGUGGCGGCGAACCGGCCAACUGCGAGCUGGAGCGGGAUGCCCUGAAGGAGAACAGCUGCGCAGUGGCGGAAUGGGAACCAGGUAAGAGAGGCCCAAGUGACGAGGCAGCACAGGGGGGCACAGAUGAAGGCAAGCUAGAAGCUUACGGCGACCUUAUGGAUCUGGACGAUGAUGACGACCACGCCUAUGCACUGCUGCUGCCCAAGGCUGGCUGUGUCAUCCAGCCCGGGCCAAAGCCCAGCGACAAGACAGCCAUUGUGUCCUAUAGCAUCAGCGCUCCUCUGGCGGCAGGGAGCCCCGAGCUGGAGCCGCCGUUAAAGAGGAGGUGCCUGCGAAUACGCAAUCAGAACAAAUGAGGCAGAAAAGCUCAGACAGGUGGCAGUAUUUCCCCAACAGAAUGAGGGACGCUUUUGAAGCUGUUGACAACACUAGCCUUCAACCAUCUGCUCCUCCACUCCACGAACCUCUCUCCCAGCCAACCAGCCAUGUAACCCUAAUCUUGACCACUCAAACCAUCCACACUGCCCGUCUCCCUUCCAAAGCAAAUGCUCUGUCAGAUCUCUGCUACCCGACCGGAGAAGCCACAAUGCUAACCCAAUAGGUUUACCAGCAGUUUUAUGUUCGCUGGAAGAGGCUUAAUGUAGCAUUUUUAGCCAGUCUGUUCCACAGUGAAAGGGGGAGUUUUCAUGUGGCAAGAAAUUCAGGCUAAAGUCACCCCCCCCCCUCCUUUGCAUGAUCACAACCAGUACAAAAUGCUAACCUCCAACCCCCAUCCCACCAUUGACAGUAACAGGACUUUUGUUUUUAACUGGUAACCAAAAAGAGACAUCUCAUGAUGGAAGGUAACAAUCAGAAGGAGACAUUUUCUGAGCCUCAUGGGUUCAGGAAUAAGAAGGAAAAAGUGGAGCGGUGAAAUCCUUGUGUUCUGACUGUAGCACUCUCCAUCCCUGGAGAUACCAGGGCCCCCCUGCCACCACAGAGCCUUUCUCUAGUAGAGCAAUGGGGAUAUCUCCACAAUAAAAGGAGACCUUGGGACUAUUGAUCUGCUCCUCUUUAGUGAGUUUCAUGGUCAUAAAAGACAAGGAUUUAAGUAUAUCUUCACUCACUGAUUUGUGGACAACAGGGUAGCGAUCUCACCAGCAAAUGACGGUGGGCAACUGUGGACUAUGUGCAAUCUCUGCCAUCGUGGAGGCCAUUUUGCAUCUCUGCAAGCCCCUGGUCAGACUGAAUCAGAUGUGUAAUUCUUAUCAUAAUUUAUAUAUUUACAUUUUUCACAUCCUAAUGCUAUUGAUGAUAAUGAUAUACUGUAUCUUCAGCCACAUCUCUGAUGUGUACAGUAAGGUUAUGGUAAUGGAGUGACUUCCAUCAUGGAAGCAAAAACAGGACUGCUGCUCAUCACACCGCUAAGGGAUUGCGUCAAUCAGGAGUUGAAGACCACACCCAUUAGCAUUGUUUCAUCACUAGUGUUCAGGGUCGUAAUGCUGCACUAGGAUUUACCAUUGACAAGUGAUGCCGACUCUCUCUUACAAUCAAAUUUGCUUGUCAUUCUUGGAUAAUUUUCUGGAAACAAUGGUCCAAACUAUUUGUCAAGCCAAACUACUGAAAUAAAUUAAACAAUUCUUUAAUCAGUCACAUAUGUUGUCAUAGAUAGUCAUAUUUACAUUUUUUUUUAACAAUUUAACAGUUAUUUAACCUUUUAUUGAACUAGGCAAGUCAGUUAAGAACAAAUUCUUAUUUACAAUGACGGCCUACCCCGGCAAAACCUGGACGACGUUGGGCCAAUUGUGCGCCCUAUGGGACUCCCAAUCACAUCCGGAUGUGAUGCAGCCUGGACUUUUAUUAUGAUAUAGGGAAUCAUCUCACUUCCCUGUCCUUCAUCCUGUUCUACAUUUUGUCAUUUUCCAGUGUUAAUCUGUCUGGAUUAUAACAUUUUGGCAGUGUUUAUUUUGCUUCAUCAGAGUUUAUACUGCCAGUAGACACUAAAAUUUUUGCCAUCUAUUUAAUUACUAUGUUUUGGUGUCAUUACGUUUGCUAUGGCUUCAUGGAGGAAUUUUUUUGCUCAAUUAUCUUGUAGAUCUAGUAUGUCUUCAAAUCUUUUGGUGCAAAGAUUAAACGAUUUCUCCCCCACAGACUUCUUUCAACAUCAAAUUAGCUUUUUCGAUUUUCAUGUGCAAUCUUUCCUGCCAAAAUCUCCACCUUCUUGCCAACUUCUUUUUCCAUCUCUCCAUUUCCCUUUGAGUCUGAACCUUUUUUCUCUUUCACUGAACACCAAUGGGAAAUGUCAUGUCAUACACCCUCCAGAGCUAUGGGUUGCUUAUUUUAUUACAAAAAUGGGUUACACACACACACACACACACACACGCGUGCAUUUAUACACACACACACAGAGGUGUCAAAAGUAACAACUCACCACGCUCUGAUGUACUCUCGCUUUCACACGCACAUACACUAACUAAAAUGAAGUUUAGAUAUUCAUUCUCUCUCCAUCCAUGUAUUGUUCUAACUGCUCUCUCUUGACUCCCUUCCUGAUGACAGUAGUGUUUGCCAAUGUUCAUAUUAGAGUCUGUUGACUCUGAGUAUGCACUGCAACACAAUCUGCCCCAUGUUGAUAGUCAGGCAUUUAGGCUUUGCCUGUCAUGUGCCAAGACUGAGAUUCUGUCACAGUAAUCAUUGCCUUGAAUUUCAGUCUCUCGCUUAUUAUUCUUUUUUAUAUAUUUGUUUUUAAUGUGUCUGAUAUUUCCAGACUCGGCCACCUAGCCUUUGCAGUCAUUAUAGUGCACACUCCAAGAGUAGCAAUUCAUUUUCAAACAAUUCAAUUUUGUACAGACUUAUUCUCACUGAUUCCAACCAAAAUCAGAGAUCAUUUACAUUUCUUCAUUCACUUUUACUUCAUUCACUUUCACCACCAUAUGUAAUGUGAACCAGAGAUACUUGGAUAAAUAUAGCCUUGAAACUGGAAACGUGUAGUGUCUACGGUGCUUGACAGAUGUGGGAGACAGUUGAAACUGAGACAAUGAAACAGGUCAGGCUUCUGUCUGACUGCAGAAAUGUGUGUGCCGGUCUGUGUGCAUGCACGUGUUGAAUUGAUCUCAUCUGACCAUUGCUGUCGUUGUCUGGGUGCAUCUCAGUGAAAAAUAAACAUGUGCAAGGCUUAGAAUUGCCACUAGGUGUCAGGGUAGAUAUUCUUUGCUGCCAACACGGUGGGCCUGAAAAUACAACUAUUAUUAUUAUUUAUUUUUAGCAGAGCCCCCUUUUAACACUUCCACAUAGCUUUGAGUGGCCCUGACGCAUAGACCUACUCACCCGAACACAACAACACGCACACUUUAAUAUCACCUUCCUCGUUGUGACCGAAAAGACAAUUCAACCCUCCAGUGCCAGCAUCAUCAGUCUUGCUAAUGCUUACAGGAAUUAAGUGGAAAGCAAAUUGUAUUUGGUUAAAGUCAUCUGCCUAUUUUAUGGCAGAGAGAUUAAGAAUAAAAGAGAACAUUCAGCAACCAUGUAAUGAAAUUAAAUAGGCUAGGUCAACAGCCUAAGAUAUGCAAUGACAACUUCAUAUUCAAAAUCUUUAUGACAGAGAGUAGAAAUACAAAAACAUGACAUUUUUCAUGUCACUUUUCAAACGUGAACAGAAAAGCUGCCUUAACUCUCGCUUGAGUACAACUCCACAGUGCAUACGAUGAUGCUCACUAGUAAGACUCCCCACUUUGUACAAAAGAAAAUAGACAAAAAAUCUUUGUUGUGUUGCUAGUGUUGAUGUAUAGCUGAUCAGCUUUUUUGUGACUUGUAAACCCAACCCUCACAUUUUGCUAAAAGACCCUUCUUCCUACAGCACCAACAACUCCUACUUGUCCCAAGCAUUCCCCUACCCCUUCUAUAUUUUAUCUUAUGGUGAAUUCUCAACCUUUUUGUGUACAUUUUAUAGUAUUAUUUAUUAUUGACAAAAUUACAUUAUUUGGACUGGGCAUUUUAUUUAAAUGUCAAUGCUUGGUGAAGAGUCAAUUGUUUCUUUUAUAAUUAAAGUGAGAAAAAAAACUGCAAGAAAUGGAAAUAACCCUUGUCUUUUUAUUAUGAAGUUGUUACUAUAACUUGUUGCCAAGAUUGCUUGAAAAUAAUAAUGUUGUGCUGUAACAGUAUUUGCUUUAUUCAGUGACUUGCUUAUGGAGACUAAUAAAUAGAGGCACACACCAA